CAAUACUGAAGACAUCGCAACAAUAGUGGAAGAAGAAGAAUAAGUGGUGAACACCUCUUUCAGCAGCAUUUGAGAGCACAAAAACAGCACAAUCCGCACAAAUGGAUCCGCUCUUCUUGAACGCCAUGCAAAACGCAUUCAAUACAAGCCGACCAUUGAAUGACUGUUUACAGACAAAUAUCAUACGAAAUACCAUUAUUUAAUGGGAACAGGAGUUGGGAUGUGAGUGGUUUGACCAACGAUAGCGAAUAUGUGAUCAAUAUGUGGGGUAACGGGACAAACACCACGUUGCCACCACCACCAUGGUCGUCGCACACCACACUCAUCGACAUCACCACCACAUUCAACGGCAGCGACGACGAGACCAGAGUUUGGUGGCAGAACUGGUAUAGUAUACCGUAUCCGAGCGGUUACUCUCAGCUGUCGAUCGUCGCGCUCGCCUUUUUCAUCACAUGUAUCAUGAUUUUAAUAGUCGUCGGAAAUAUGUUGGUCUGCAUAGCAAUAGCCACCGAGAAGUCAUUAAAACCGGUGCAAAACUGGUUCAUCGCGUCGCUGGCCGUCUCGGACUUUCUAUUAGGUCUGGUUAUUAUGCCCUUCUCGUUGGCCAGAGAGCUGAUGGGCUAUUGGAUGUUCGGCAAGGUUUGGUGCGAUAUAUGGUUGGCAUUGGACGUACUCCUGUGCACGGCUUCUAUCAAUAACUUAUUUAUGAUAAGUUUAGACAGAUAUUGGUCUAUAACACAAGCCGUCAAAUAUUUAAAAAAGCGGACGCCUUCUCGCGCGGCACUUAUGAUAGCGUUUGUAUGGAUAAUGUCGGCGUUGGUCUCAUUGCCACCGCUGGUCGGCUGGAAGAAGCCUGAAAUUCUGGUCUCCAAUGAGUUCCCGCAGUGCAAUGUCAGCGAAGAUGUUGGUUAUGUCUUCUCUUGGUUAACACUAAUCGACGUCUAUAUAUCGCUUAUAAACACAUUGAUUAGUGGAGACAAAUAUUCAUCGAUCGGGUCGUUUUAUUUCCCGGCCUUUAUGAUGGUGUUUGUCUACGCGCGCAUCUUUCACGCCGCCCGGAGCCGCGCCCGACGCCAUAUCCAACAGAAACGCCUUCAGAUCCAACAGGAAGUGACCGCCGAUCCGGCGAAGGAGAAAUCGACGACAACCACUACCUGUACGAGUCUAAGCAAUCCCAGUCCACCCGAUCUAACCGAUCAAAAUAAUGAAGGUGGAGAUGAUGGAGUUGCUGGUUAUAAACCAUAUGCACCAGAAUCUUCACCGGUUCCUAUCUUUUCAUAUACAGGGUCUCAGCCGCCGAUGGGAGCCGGAGUACACCGCACGCCAACAGUGGGCUCUAUGGGCACACCAACCGCUGUCUCGCCGCCACAGAUAGUGGUCGAAGCCAUCACCGAAGACCACUCGUCGCCCACGAAAGACAUCUCAAUCAUCUCUAAUAACUACGAGCCGAUGCCGACGCCCGUCGACGCUGUGGUGAACAACGAGUUGGAAGUGGAGUAUAAGUGCUUAAAACAGACAAAGUGUUCGCCGGGUAUACACCCGAAGCGAACGCCACCCAAAUUGACAAUAAUAUUGCCUGAAUGUAAUGCACCGCCGAUGAAGGCGUCGAUACCGCAGACCAAACAAAACGGUUCGGCCGUCAAAACGACGGAAACCCGUUUCAUAUCGGCCGACGAGGACUCGGACGCCAUUGAGUCGCCGCUGAGUCGGGACACUAUUACACACGAAUCGAAAUCAUUUUUAAGUGCACCCAAACUGUUAAAGUCGACCACUUAUGGCUCGACACUCAGUAUUGCCGAUUACGACGACUCCGACCUCUGUUUGGAUAACGACAUCGAGAACAGCGACGACAACGUCAAGCCCAAGAAGAGCGCCGGAAAGGGCGCCAAAGGUGUUCAGUACCGAAACCCUCCGGUGGUGGGCAUGCGGUCCACCACUUCGGACGCCGAGCGCCACAAACGCAAGAUAGCGAAGGCCAGGGAGAGAAGGGCUACACUAAUACUGGGCCUAAUUAUGGCCGCGUUUAUCACCGCUUGGCUGCCUUUCUUCGUGCUCUACCUCUUAGCAGCUCUCUGUCAACAGUGCAAAGAUGCCAUUCCUUCCGGUUAUUUCUCCGUCGCUUUUUGGCUCGGAUACUGCAAUUCAGUUUUGUGUCUUCCGACCAAUAGCCCAAAAAGCAAAGCCGUUUUCCCAGAGUUCAGUUAUAUUCUCAUCGAUUCCGCGUAUUCUAGCCAUAUUUGCUCAGAAUUGAAGCGCCAGUACUUCGAAGCUAACCAUAAGACAAAUACAAGCCAAUGCGAAGAUAAGAAAUACUGUAAAACUAAACCUUAA